GAAUGAAUAUUUUUUGAAACAAGAAGUUGAUAGAAGAGCAAUAAAUGUCGCUGUGACAAUAUACUGGCUUGGAAAAACAGUAGCAGGAAAAUUUAAAGGACCAGCGUUAGAUUUAAGUGCCUUUGGAGCUCUUGUUCAUAGUCAUGGAAAUAAGAAUGUAAUAUCGGAUGAUUCAUUUAAGAAUGGAAGUCCGGUAAAAGAUAGUCCUAAACAUAUACGAGAUAGUUCCUAUGAUUCUCUUGGAUCUUAUGAACGUGAGUCCGAGUCAAGUUUUGAUGAACUAGAUAGUAGUGGUACUAUGCCAGUACGUUCUGACAUGAGAGAAAUGAGAAGAUACGGAAGUGCGAGCUCGCUCUCGAUGCCGCGUGAUCUCAGACUGUCAACAGCAAGCGGGGAAUCUAUGUAUUCCGAUGACAAACAUGAUAGUAUGUAUGUAAGUUCACCUGACCUCUCACAGGGCUCACAUGCUCAUACAAGGUCCUCAUCUACUGACAGUAUGGAUGGAAGUUACUACGGUAACCAUUCACGACAGUCAUCUGGAAGUACAGACAAUUAUGCAACUAGACGUACUUCGACCAGUACUAGAAAGACGAGCACAUCUACACCAGAUCCUUUACAGUUUAUAAAAUUAAAAGGUGCGGAAAACUUGGCUGCUCAAGCCAAGAAACAAAUGGAAGUGGCUAAAGAAGUAAACAUGAUGCGAGGAAAAGUUGAUAGUGUUGGCAGUUCGGAUGAGCCAGACUGGCAGUCUAAUUUUAAUAAUUGGAAGUCACGACGUAAAUCUACACAUUCUCGUUUAGAAAGUGACCCACUAGAAGAGGAAGUAGAGAAAAGGCCUGUGAAAACAUUUGGUCAAAUUAUGGCGGAAAAAGAGAAAAGGAAAAGUCUUGGUCCUAUGAACAUAUACCCGCUAGAUAACGAAGAUCACAAGAUGGAGAAGAAGGAGAAGAGACGUAGUCUGGGACCAAUGAACUUUUACCCACUAGAAGAUGAUGACAGUGGUAUAGGGGUCAAAACACGUGAAUCCUAUAUAUCUAAAUCUAGUAGCCAAAAGAGUGAAUCAAAACCUAAGGACAAGAAGUCAAAAGCAGAUGUAGCUCCAUGGGCACAAGAUUCAAGUGGGGAGGACAAUAGCCAAUCAGAUUCUGAGACUAAUAAUAGCCACCAAUCAGGUGACACAGAUAGUGUGUUCUCUGACAAAUCAACACCCAGUAAAGUGUUAAGUGAUGAUGAUUCCUGGGUUAAGAGUAAGCCAUCGGUUCAGGCAGUUUCAAGCAAACUAACGCCACCUGUUAGAACACAAAGAUCACUUGGAGGUAGUGCAAAGUUAUGGGAAAACAAUGCAAACGAAUCUCAGAAAAAAGAUGAUAAGAAAGUGAAAGAUCUUCCAACAAAUAGUGCUAAAAUUAAGAAUAUAACACAAGCUUUUGAGCAAAAAGAUAAAGAAGCUAAUGCCCAACCUGUUAUUACAAAACGUUCAGAAUUUAGUCGUUCUUCUCUUUCAAAAUCAUUGGAUUUAUCUGACAGUUAUUCAAAGCCUUAUUCCCCCCAAGAAAAGAAACCAUCUUCACCCCUGUCACCAACGGCACCUAAGGCUCUUAUUCCCAGAGAUCAAAGGUUCUCUCAUAACAGUCCAGGUGGGAGCCCUGCUUCAAAUAAUGUAGAUAAGUUGUAUGAGGAAAUUGCUUUAAAAAGUUGUAUAUUUUCUUUUUCUUUCCAAAAGCCCUCUGUUAGUGAGAAUGUAAGGUAUUUUCAAACUCUUUCCCCUUCCAAUAAUCUAAAACCUUCUGCUCUAACACCUGAAAAUAUGGUAAUGAAGAAACCUCCAGCAACUCCACCCAAACCAUCAAGUGCAAAGAUAGCUGCAGUAAAAGCCAAGUUUGAACAUGAGGUUGAAAAUCUAGGGCAGACUGACUUACCUAGAGCACAUAAUGGUGUAACAGAUAAUCAGAUUGUUGACAUGGGUAAAAUAAAUGAUGGUAAUGUAGAUGUUAGUAAUGACACACUUAAUGUGACUAUUGGAGACACUGAUACUUGUAAAGAGAAUGAUGCUAGUGCUGGUGCUGGAGAUAAUCCCAGUGACAUAUCUAAGACUAUGGACAUGUGUUAUGAAAAUGAAAAUUUGAAUAUGCCAGAAACUGAAGAAAACUGUACACAUUUAAAUCAAACUGAUAAAGGAAGCAGAAUUAAUGAGGGCUUAUAUGACAUUCCUGAAAAUAUGUCUGAAGAUAAAGUUGAUGAACAAAGUAUAGAACUUGGAACAUACAGUUUUCUUGAUGGCUAUUCUAAUAGCUUAGAAAACACUUCUAAAGAUUUGGAUUUCAAAAGUGAUGAUGAAAUGCAUGAUAUUCAAGACAAUUUAGUUGAAAAACAAAAAGAGAGUAUACAGGCUAUUGAUCUUAAGAAUGAAGAUUUUAUUAUUGAAAAUAGAAUUGAGAAUUUUGCAGAGCAGAUUGUUGACAGUGUAAUUGAAAAUGUGAAAAAUCAGGAGAUAAAUUCACCCAAACAGGAUUAUAUACCACCAAAACAGGACUAUAUACCACCAGAACAGGACUAUAUACCAUCAGAACAGGAUUAUAUACCACCAGAACAGGACUAUAUACCACCAGAACAGGAUUAUAUUCCAAAGUUGGAUUUCAGUUCUGUAAAUGUAGAAGAUGAAGAUACAGAUUUGCAUUCAUCAGAUAAUAAAGAUAGAGAAUCGCAAUAUCAACAUACAAGCUCAGUAGACAGCAUGUCUCCAGUGGAAGAAUUGUCUACCAAAUCUAUAUCCCCUCAGACUUCUCCAAGAAAUGAUUCACCGUCACAGCUAUUCCCUCCAAGCUCUCAAAUUCUAUCUAAUGUUUCAGUUGAAUCUGAAUCAUGGGCACAACAAACACCAGAUAUUGUCAACAGAACUCCAAUAUACCUAGAAACACCAAGUCACCAAGACAUUAGAGAUGGAUAUAAUUCUCCACUGCAUUGUCUUCUACCAGCAAGCUUAGAGAUGCCAAAACCUGAUGAUGAUAUGGAGUCACCUAGACCCCCAGCUUUACCAACAAGUUCUAUUCCAGAUAUCAUAGUUAGCAAUGUAGUUGACGAUUUCCAUGAGGACAAUCUUGUUUACGAUUGGUCUGGCACAAAGUGGGGGUUUCCACAUGUUGAUCCAGGAAAAUCUUUAUAUAACACGUCAGAUAUUCCUGAAAAGUUCACAGAGAAGACAAUAAAAAUCAGCCAGAAGGCAAACAAUGAGAGAGGUUUCGGAUUCUUUUUGGUGGGAGGGAUUGAAAAGAAACAGCCUGUCACUGUUCAAAGAGUAUCCCUUGGUAGUGCUGCAGAUGUGUGUGAAGUGGAGGCAAAUGAUGAACUUAUUUCAGUAAAUGGGCGAGAUGUUACAACCUUGACCUUGGCUCAGGUACAGGGUAUUGUAGAUCACAGUGUUAAACGAGGACAGAUAGAACUGAGAAUCAAACGCUAUAUGCAAGAAGAUGGAUAUGAUUCUAUGGAAGAGAGUGCAUUUACUGACCAUGCAAUAAACAACAACAACAUCAAGAAAAUUGAUCACGUUGACGAGGCAACGCACUUUAAACCUGCACUACAGAUGACAACAAAGGUAGAUGAAAAACCAAGAUUAAUGGAUCAGCUUAUAGGAGAACAACAAAGGGAGGCAAAUAACAAUGAGAGAAAUAAAAGGUCACCUAGUCCAGUAGCUACAGAAAGUUUUACAGCAGAUAUUAGAAUUAAUACCCAGUCUGCACCAGUCUGGCAGAAAACACCUGUGAGGCAGACGACAUCUCCAACCAGGGAUAUGAGUGCUCCCCAUGAUGUCCAAAUGACAGAGGAAAGAUCCACCAUCUCUGUGAAGAAAUCCCCAGCCAGUGUCACACCAAAAUCAGGUAAGUUUCAUAGACUAUAUGGACUGGAUUUCUACUCUGAAAUGGCAUAUGCAGUGCUUCCGGACCAUCAAUCAAGCGCCCCACCUGUAGAGCUCACCAUACACCGAGAAGAACAUUUGACAGCUGAGUCUGCUGCCCCUGCUCGUAAACAAGCGCAAGUUGAUGCGCCUAACUUGAUGGAAAUAAAUGUACCAAAUUACAGCGAGCCACCGCCCCUCUCACCACAGGAGAAGUUUGAGCGAGAUCGGCAAAGAAUACGCCAGCAGUAUGAGGAAGAAAAGAGACUGGCACGGGAAUCUGAGAAACAAAAACAGGAACAGGAACAACAUACAUUAAAUUCAGACAAGUUUCUCAGGGACAUGGAGUCUCAAAUAAUGCAUACUAAACAAGAGGCUGCCAAUUAUCAGAGUCCUGGUACACAGACUAGUUUCACAUCUGAGCCAAUGACAAUAAGGCUUCCAUCCAAUACCCAAGGGAGGCAACUUAUUAUUGAUCCAAGAAAUCAAGAAGAUAACAGUAAUAAAAUGCUACCAGAGUACAGUUUUAGAGUAGAUCUACCAAAAACCGAUUCUGCACCACCACUACGCACCUUUAAUCAGCCAGAAAUGAAUCCUGAAGAGAUUCUAGCCAGAGAAAGAGAGAAAAUCCGAGAGGAAGAAAAAAGAAAGUUUGAGGAGGAACAGCAAAGAUGGAAAGAGGAAAAAGAACGAGAAUUGAGGGAACAACAGGAAUCAAUCGAACGAGAAAGGGAGCGCCUGCAUCGAGAACAAGAAUUAGUAGAGAAAGAGAAAGCUCUAUUAGAACAGAAGGUGAGACAAGAAGAAGCAUAUUCUUCUCGUUACCAGCCUGUCAAUCAUUAUUCACGUUCAUCAGCAGGAAGUUCAGGAUCAUCGUUAUCACAGUCUCCCAGGUCACCACCACCUGCGUUAGACCCAAAACAUCGUGAUAUGAAAAAAGCUCCACCUCCGACCGCUCCUAAACCUGAACGAGGUUCCGCGAAAGGCAGACUAACUCGGGAAGAUUUGUUAGCAAUGAAUCGCAAAGCAACUCCUUUAGCUCGUCCUGAUCCAUCUCUGGAGACGACAGGGGAUCCACAGGAUAGUGCUUUGUCUCCUACUCAUCGAGAAGCCCCGUCAAAAGGAGAAUUGCAUUCUCUAAAUGCUGUGCCAAAACCAAAAUUCCACAGUUCAGCUGCUUGGAUUAAGGAUGCUGAAAACAAUACGCAAAAUGAAAAGCCAUUUGUGAUAGGAAACAGAUCAGAUCUUAUUCAUCAAAGAGACUAUUCAAAUCCAUCAGAUCACUGGGUGGUGCGCGAGGCUGAAAAACGUAGACUUGCUGAAAAAUCAGAUUACGCAAAUACAGAAAGUGUCACUGCUCGUGCAGGGCCAACAAAACCCAGUCAAAGUUCUCUAGUUAGCAGAUUUCGGGGGGAUAUAGAACCCCCACCAAGGAAUAACAGAUAUUCUUACCCUUCAUCUUAUAGUACGGAGUCUCAUCUUUCACCGACAUCUAGACCUCUAUCAGGAUCUAACCAGUAUAACCGCACUCCAGAACAAACUGUUACACAAUUUAGUGCAAAGACUUCACCUAAUACUUUUGCCAGUAACCCAUCAUUAUCACAAACUUUACCACCAAACUUUAGUUUUAAUGCAAAUGUUCGGAAUCAAGACAGCAUGCCAACAAAACCUCCUAGAUCAUUAACAGAUGAUUCAGGACCAGUGAUAGCUGUGAGCGGGAAACAAAAGUGUUCUCAUUGUGGAGAGGAGCUGGGCUUUGGCGCAGCUAUGGUGAUAGAGUCCCUCGGUCUGUACUAUCAUGUACAGUGUUUCCGUUGCUGUGUAUGUCGUAUGCCACUAGGUAACGGAUCCGAGGGUACGGACGUUAGAGUGCGAGUCAACAAGUUACAUUGUAGAAAUUGUUACAGUAAUGAUGAAGGUAGUGUUCUAGAAUACUGGGGAGUAUUCUAACAUGCGACAUAAUUCAAGCCAUGCCACUUGUUUCCAAUGUAUAGCUGGUUUAAAAUUUAGCAAAGUGUGAUGAUAAGCAAUAUGGCAGACGGCAACUCUUGUUAUUCAGAACCCGGCUGGAUUUCCUACAUAGACGAAACAGAUAUAUACAUAUAUACAUACAUAGAUACAGAUGGAAGUGACAGUUUUUACUGGCAAUAAUAUACAGUGAUGAAUGGAACAAAAAUAGAAUUUUAGAUUCUAGACCAAUUGGACUAGUUAUGAAAUAUUAGCAUAUCAAAUUAUCAUAGGAUAUAGCAAUACAUUAGUAGAGACAAUGAAAAUAUAUUGAAUAAAUUAGUAGUUUAUAUUUGAUAAUUGAAACUACAUUUAAAAAUACUGUGUUACUAUGCAACUGUUAUAUAGAUUGUAGAAUGGUUAGUGACUGUUGUUUUACUAUUUUGUUAACUAGUUUUUAUAAUCCUACAUGCAUCAGAACUAUAAUUCUAUCUGAUGCUGUAUGUACAUCUCAUUGGUCAAUAUAUGGUCACAUGAUAUAUAUAAUAAGAAGUCAUAUUGACUCUAAGGUGACGUUACAACAUUUUGAAUAAUUGAUAUUGAAAAAUGUGAUGUGAUGUUGAUGAAAUAAAAGAUUUAGACUUAAAACCUGUUGUAAAAAAAUUACUUUAUAAAAAAAAUGCAAAAACAUUCUGAUUAAGUACAAUAAUGAAUUUUCAAUGUUUUUUAAAUGACUGUAGCCUAGCAACCUAUUAUAUUAAAUAUAGGGUCAUGUUUGAUCAUUCUAACAUUCCAGUAUCAUAUUUACUGUCAUUAUAAAUGUAAUAUUUGAUAUAUAAAUUAUAAUAUUGGUAGACUUUAGUGCAAUUUUAUGUAACAGAGAAAAUCAAUUCAGUUUUACAUUUUUUAUAUGUCUAUACAUGAGGCUAUAUGUACAAGUCUUUAGUUCAGCUGUAAGUUACAGUAUGUGUUUUAUGUAUUUUUAUAAAUUAUAUGAUAUUUUAAAAGAAAA